GUUAACCAGUCGAAUAUAUAUUUUUUGUAAUACUUACACACUAAAGAACAGUUCGAAAAUGUCAAUUAAAAAAAACAAAAAAAAGAUAAAAAAUAUGUCAGCUGAUGAGUUUAUGGAACAAUUUGACUCAGAUGACUCUGAAGAGAAAAGUAUUGAGACAAAGUCUCAAAGUGAUUCUAAAAAGUAUAAUAAGGAGUGUGAUUCAGAAGUUGAUCUAAAAUCUCACAAAAGUCAACUUGGAAGGCUUAAGGAAAAAGAUCCAGCUUUUUAUGAAUUCCUUAAAGAGAAUGAUGAAGAGCUUCUGGAAUUUUCCGAUUCAGAUGCAGAGGGAGAGUUAGAUGAUGAGCAACCAGAUGUUGAAGAAGUUCAGGAUAAUAACAAUGAAAAAGAAACAGCUACAGAACACGAAGGGAUUACUGUUUCAUCUAAAAAAAUACAAAUUUGGAAGAAAGGUCUUGAGAAAAAGUCAGUGAAAACUUUAAAAAGAGUAUUAAGUGCAUUUCAUUCUGCUGUUGAAGCAAUGUCACCCCCUGAUGCUGAAGCAGUUCAAGUUGAAAAGAAAAAAAGUAAAUAUCUUGUCAAUAGCAGCAUGUUUAAUAGCAUUGUAGCAAUGUGUUUAAACUACACUGUUCCUAUACUCACAAAGCAUCUUGAUUAUGUAAAAGAAAAGAAAUCAAAAAAAGUUUUAUUGCCAACAACAAGUAAACGUUGGUCAACAAUCAAAGUGACAGUAAAAAGAUAUUUAGUAGAUAUUUUGCAAGUUUUACGUCAGUUGACAGACUCCAACGUUCUAUCUGUUAUUUUACAUCACUGUCAAUUGCUGUGUCCAUUUUAUUCUUGUUUUCCAAAAAUUUCUAAGAUGUUUUUAAAGAGACUUACACGUAUGUGGUCAUCUGGUGAAGAGCAUGGUAGAGUUCUUGCAUUUAUGUGUAUUCGAAAAAUCACUUUGCUUUCUCCAAACUUAUUGGAGUUUGUCUUAAAGAAAAUGUACCUCAAUUUUGUCCGCAAUUCAAAGUUCAUUACUCCAAAAACCCAACCACUGAUAAUGUUUAUGCGCAAUUCUUUGGUUGAAAUGUUUGCAUUAAAUGAAAAUGCUACAUACAGACAUGCUUUUGUUUACAUUCGACAGCUUGCUAUUCAUUUGCGAAAUGCAGUUACAAUGAAGGAAAAAGAUUCAAUUCAAUCAGUUUACAAUUGGCAGUUUAUAAGUUGUUUGCAGUUGUGGGCACAAGUUGUUAGUGAGCUUGGUGGUGCUGGUAGCAGUGAUACUCUAAAACCAUUGAUAUAUCCAGUUGUACAAAUUAUAAUUGGAGUAAUAAGGUUGAUACCAUCUUCUAGAUACUAUCCAAUCCGCUUUAAAUGCAUUGAAUCAUUAAAUUUAAUAUCAGAGAAAACUAACCUUUACAUACCAACAGCUUCAUUUAUUCUGGAGGUACUUGAAUCUGAAGAGUUUCAAAAGAAACCGAAAUCCUCUGAAAAGCCUCCAGAUUAUAAUGGUGUCUUAAAGUUCUCUAAAACUCAGCUGCAAACAAAAGGCUUUCAAGACAUUACAACUGAUGUUGCAUUUGAAUCGCUUCUCCAUUAUUACGUCAUUUAUUCCAAUUCAAUUGCAUUUCCGGAGCUAGUUUUUCCAAUUCGCCAAAGGGUGAAACGUCUGUUAAAAAAAAGUAAAGCUCCUAAACUAUGCAAAGACAUGAAAGUUCUUAUUGAAAAACUUCAAUGUCAUGCCGAUGAAAUUAGUAGAAUUCGUGGUAAAGUAACAUUUUCACCAAAGGACAUAGACGAUGUGAGGAAAUGGGAAAGCGAUCAAAGCAAAAAAAAUAAUGUUUUAAGACAGUUUUACAACAAUUGGAAAAAAAUGAACGAAAAUACAAUAAAAGAUGUCGGAAAGUAUGCUAACGGACCAGAAAUAAAGAAAAAGCCUGCAUCUUCGCUGAAAAGAAAGAAUAUAGCAGACGUAAAAGAACCUGUAAAAAAGAAGAUAAAAAAUAAAGCGACUGCCAAUGACGAAGAUGUUGUUGAAGAUUUUCGAUUCUCUGACAGCGAUGAUGGUAAUGAUGAUGAAUAAUAAAAAAAUUAAUAAAAAUAAUGUUUAUAAA